UCAAGCUUGUCCCUUUAAUCUGAAACGCCAAAAACAAAAUGAUUCUUCUUCAGUCGGCGCCUCCUUUUUCAAUCUUCCACUUGUUUCUUCUAAUCAUAAACCCUAAUUUAGUAAUCUCUCCUUUGAUAUAUUGAUUAUUGAUGUGCAUUCGUUAUUAAGAAUCCAACAAUGGAGUUUCACGAUGGGCAGAGACAAGAAGAAGAAUUCGUAAUAGCUUCUAUCUCUUCUCUUAACUCUUCUUCAGAGGUUUCUAGUUCCCCUCUUGUAGUUCGUUUUAGCUCCGUUUCUGGAGUUGCGGAGCUUCGGUUUCAUCAGGCAUCGGAAUCAAGUGAUGAUGUUCAAGUUGAUCUUCCAACUUCUAAGAUUUUGAAGUUAAGCCCCACUCGAUCACUAUGUUUAUCUGAAGGUUCUGAAGAUGGGAAAGAGAAAGCAUAUGCUUCGGGGUUAAUUAUUCAAUUUAGGAAGGAUGAUGAGAGUGAUGUGUUUCAUUCUGCAUUUGAUCGAUGGAAAAAAAGGGUGGUUCCACAAGCAUCACUUUUAUCAAAUGGUCCUUUGCAAGAUUCUAAAAGCAAGUUCGACUCCAAAAUAGAGGCAUCUUCUUCUAAAAUGUAUUUCCAUUACUAUGGACAGCUGCUACAUCAGCAAAAUAUGUUACAAGACUAUGUGAGAACAGGGACAUAUUAUGCUGCAAUAAUUGAGAACAGUGAAGAUUUUAUAGGCCGUGUUGUUGUGGAUGUGGGUGCUGGAAGCGGUAUAUUAUCUCUAUUUGCUGCUCAGGCUGGUGCAAAGCAUGUUUAUGCUGUGGAAGCUUCUGAGAUGUCAGAAUAUGCACUUAAGCUUAUUGCUGGAAACCCAUCAUUGGCCGAACGAAUUACGGUAGUGAAGGGUAAGGUUGAAGAAGUUAAUUUACCUGAGAAGGCAGAUAUUUUGAUCUCUGAACCGAUGGGCACUCUAUUGGUCAAUGAAAGAAUGCUGGAGUCCUAUGUCAUUGCAAGAGAUCGGUUUCUUAAUCCAAAUGGGAAAAUGUUCCCCUCGAUUGGAAGAAUUCAUAUGGCUCCCUUCAGUGAUGAGUAUUUGUUUGUUGAAAUUGCAAAUAAGGCCCUUUUUUGGCAGCAACGUAAUUACUAUGGAGUUGAUCUGACACCCUUGUAUGGAUCUGCAUUUCAAGGAUACUUCUCACAGCCUGUGGUUGAUGCUUUUGAUCCAAGGAUUUUGGUUGCACCUGCCAUAACCCAUGUAAUCAAUUUCAGUUCCAUAAAGGAAGAAGCAUUAUACGAAAUUGAUGUUCCACUGAAAUUCAAAGCCUCGGUUGGAACUAGAAUUCAUGGGUUGGCUUGUUGGUUUGAUGUUUUGUUCAAUGGAAGUACUGUUCCAAGAUGGCUGACUACAGCUCCAGGUGCACCAACAACCCACUGGUAUCAGCUAAGAUGUGUCCUCUCUCAGCCAAUUUAUGUCAUGCCUGGCCAAGAAAUUACGGGUCGACUUCAUUUGAUUGCCCAUAAUGCCCAGAGUUAUACUAUUUAUCUAACAAUGUCAGCCAAAAUGUGGGGUCCAGGUGCUGAACAAGGAGGAAUUCUACAAACAUCUUCUUGUAAAUUUGAUCUCAAAGAACCUUACUAUCGAAUGUCUCAGCCUCAAGCUUAUCCCGUUGCCCAAGACAAUCCACUAAUGAAUAUGCAGGAUAUUCAAAUACAAUGCCAGGAGGAUGAUACUUCUAAUUUGAUUCAUCAACUAACACCACUAAAUUGAAGAGUUUUUCGAAUAAUUAAUGAUAAAAGAAAGGGUUUUAUUAUCAUCUAUAGGUAAUUAUGUGAACAAUUGCCUAUUUGAAACAAAGUGUGCAUGUUCUUCUAGGAAUAAUAACAAGUGUGUUGUUUCUUUGAUAGAGAUAUCAUCUUAUUCAUAACACCCCAAACUUUCAUGUCUUGUAUUGAGUUUUUUUUUUUUUUCAUUUGAAACUUUAGUGCCACGUCAAACAGGUUGGAUUGAAAUAUUUUAAUUGUCAUUUCAGCAAAAAAAAUAAAAAAAUUCUUAAAUGUUUGUA